AUGUUCGGCGAUGGUUCUGUUCGCUUUAGUAAAUCAAAGGAAAAAUGUUACACCUGCCGACGGCAACGGAUUGUGUGUGAUGCCGGGAAGCCAUCGUGUAUGCGAUGCACUUCCCGAGGAGUCGAAUGUCUGGGAUACUCGGCUACACCUAUUCGUUGGGUAGCGCCUACAUCAACUCUUUCUUCGGAAGCACCAAGACCCUCCGACAUUAGCCAUGUCAAAGGCCAGGAAAGGAGAAAACGAGGACGACCGAAGCUAUUCCUUAUGCAGGGAGCGCCUCAGUCCUCCAGAUUUGGAUCAGAUCCACCUCGGUCUGGUGAAGAUCUCGAAUCGGAGAAAGGUACGCAGAGUGGAAGUACCAGCAGGACUGCAGCCGUACUCGCGAGCACUAACCUAAUCACUGCGGUCUGUUGGCAGGCGUGCUCGUCUCUCGCUCGAGAUCAAAUCCAAAGAUUCCUUGGUCACUUUUUCCUCAACGACCACAUCUGCCCGGAAUUGGUCAUUGUAGAUUCACCUCUCAACCCCCACCGGAUGGAUCUCGACAUCCUCCCCUACGUCCCCGAUUUCUUGCUCAGUCUUGUGAUUUCUGUCUCUGCAAUACACCAAGUAAUCCAGUCGCAGCCCAAUUGGCAUUUGAUCACACUGAAUCGAUCACGGGCCUUGCGCAAUAAAGUACACCCUGGCGAACUGGAGCCUCUCCAAUCGUUUCACCAUCCGUUAAACUCUCUAAUCUACAAGCACCGAUCACGGUCGUUACGAGGAUUGAAUCAGUAUUUGUCCGAAGCAGGAGCUGAAGGGCCAGACCUGGUCUUCCAUACUGUUACUGCCAUGCUCAUGUCCGAGGUAUGCAACGUCUCUGUGUUUUCAAAGUCUGCAUCUGACAUGAGGAUACACAGCGACGGACUGGAAAAAGGAUUCCCAUGCCCCGAUGAGCUCUUGGCAUGUAUUAUCCACACGAACAACCUCAGAUUCAUUCUUCAUCACCAUCCCUAUGAUGACAUGGCGCAUGUGAACAGUGCUAUUCUAGACCUGGUUCGCAAUAUCAUCACUUUCGCCCCAACGGCUUGGGCUGAACGAGCUCUCGAAUCCUACAACGAGAGACUGGAAGAACGUGUGGACAUGCAGCGACCGCGAGAGCGGUUGGACCUUGUUCCACAGCCUGUUGAGGGCGAAGGCUGGGCGGAUCUUGCGUCUACAUUCCAAGCAGCUACCUUGCUCUACUGCCUCAGAGCAUUAGUUCUCAAUCAUGGAAAAGAGAACGUCCUUCAAGAGUUGUUGGACAGCCUUUAUGAGGGCCUCAUCCCGGAUGUUCAGUGCCUUGCCAGCGUAACCCUGAGCAACCUUCUCUAUAUGCUCCAUCCUUUAAUGGAUCAACCGCUCCAGAAAGGCAGGUCGAUGGGCCGGUUCAUGUUCUGGCCUGUGUUGAUGGCGGGGCUGGAAAGUACCUGUAGCUUUGAGGCGUUGUCCGAGAGGCCCUUCAUUGUGAGGUCUUUGCAGGAGCUUUGUCGAUGUCUUGGUGACAUGAGCGCCCUUGACGCGGCAGUGUUCCUCCAGUCGGCAUGGAGCAUAGACGAGGAAAGUCAUUCCGGGAACAUGCAAAGAGUGCGCACUUGGGACGAGCUUUUUGAGGGAGUGGGCGUGCACGGCGUCUUCUUUUUCUAA